GUUGUUUGAUCGUCGCGAAAGGAAAAACCAGAAAUUUGCCUAAAAUACCUCAUUUGCUGAUUAAUUGCACAGGAAGUGUGGUGCAAACAUGUGUGCACCGGAUGGCGAACGAACCAGUUAACGUCGAGCAACAGUAAAGUGCACCCCGCGUCAAGUGUAAAGUGCAGAUUUUUAUGCGUAGUGUUGGAGAAAGUAAAUGCCCUAAUCAGGGGUUGUUGGAUGAUUUGCAACGUGCAAACAAAGUGAUGUGUUCUACGUGCUAGCAAUAUCAAAAAGAAGGAAUUAGUUACUAAACGCAAUUCCCGCAAAUACGCUUUCGAUGGCUGCCGGAUGGAUUAGUGUAUUCUGUUCGCGAGUUUCGUACCCUGUGCGCCAAACGACCAACCGUUCUCGGUCAGCAGCACCGUUGUGUAAUAUACGGCCAAACGAGCUGUAGCUACUGCGAUCGGCUUAAAAUUCGAACGGGACCAGAGCAGAAACACAUCAACGCACACUACACUGUUGAAAGUGUGGUCGAUGCGAGCAACAACAAAGUUCAAAAAAGGAAGCACUAGCGGAACGACAAAGUAACCGACGGAAUAACAAACAAACACACAGCGAACGAAAAAAAAAAGAAAAGAAACGAUUUACGGUUUAUAGAAGCAGAAGAAUAAAAUCAACAAGCACAUACUACGAUGAGCUGGUUACGAUCGAGCCCGCUGCGGCAAAGUUUCAGCAAAAGCAGCAACAGCGCCAACGACCGUGCGCGUUCCGGUGCCGGGGGCGGUGGGCUUUCGGUUAUUCGCCCGUUCGAUGCAACCGAAUGCGAUCCCAAGGCAUGCUACGACAGUUUCUGCAUCCACUGGCAGCAAGCGUACGAGAUUAUACAGCGAUCGGAGAACUAUCGAAGUCAGUCGCAUGACGAUGUGCUGGGUGUGGUAACGCAUCUGGACCAUAUGGUAACGCUGCUACUGGUGGAACUUCACCACUGUAACAAACUCAGCCUCCCUGGUCAAGCAGCACCACCCGCGCCCUGUUUGGAGCAUCUGCUGAGUGAGAACCUGCUCGACAAGCUGUACGAGUGGGGCAUCAAAACGGGAAGAUAUGCAAACGCGGUACGGCUGGAACAGUUGAAGCUGUACGAACAAUUAGUCAGCCAUUCGCGUCAUCAGCUGCUGGUGCAUGAACCAUUUCUGCGACCUUUGCUAAAACUGUUGGCCUCGAGCCAGAACGAAAUCUAUCCGCCGGACGUGGAGAAGCGGCUCGUGAUACUGCUCAAUCAACUGUGCGUGGUGCUGAUGCAGAACGUGCACCUGCUCGAUCUGUUCUUCUUCUCCACCACGCAAACGCAGCAAAGCAACCACUCGAGCAACGGUGGCCACACGAAUUUCAUCAUCUUCUCGCUGCUGAUACCGUACGUCCACCGGGAAGGUUCGUUGGGUCAUCAGGCACGCGAUGCGCUGCUGCUCUGUAUGGCGCUGUCGCAGAAAAACUCCAACGUUGGCACCUACAUCGCAACGUACUCGUCCAUCUGUCCGGUACUGGUAACCGGACUCGGCGGUCUGUACUCGCGUCUGCCCAACCAGAUCGAAAUCAAAACCAUCGACUGGUAUCGCAUCACGACGGACGAUGUGACGGAGAUGCCCGAGCUGACGCUGUUCAUGAACUCGCUGGAGUUUUGUAACGCGGUCGUGCAGGUUGCCCAUACGAUGAUUCGCCAGCAGUUGCUUGACUUCCUCUACCAAGGCUUCCUGGUGCCGGUUCUUGGACCGGCGAUUCUACAGACAUUUAAAGGGCAAGGUCAAUUCCAGACGAACGUUGAGUCGCAGGUAUCGGCAAUGGCGUACUUCGAUCUGAUUGUACGAUCGAUCACCGAACCGGGACUGAUACAGCUGGUGAUUCGCUUUCUGCUGGAUGAGGAAAAGUUCGACGGGCAACGAAUAUUGGACGUGUUGGUUGAGCGAUUAAACAGCAACGAUUCGCGGCUAUGCAUGGUGACUCUUUCACUGUUCGACAGUUUGCUGAGCUUAAAUUGUGAGGACAUUAUGCUCGAGCUCAUGUUGAAGUAUUUGCUGCAGUGCAAGCACGUACCGAUAUCGCAUCGAUACAAAAUCAAUCGGGUUGAUCCGUACACGCAAGCCGUCGAAUACUUCCUUAACAUUACGCCGGACAUCAUGAAGAAGGUGAACAGUGUGCUGAGCAUCAACAAUGGCGGUAUCGGCUCCGGUAGCACCGCCGGCCAAAGCGCACCACCAUUGGGUAACCAUCGUACCCAUGGGCUCGGGGCGAGCAACAACCACAACCACAACAACCACGCCAACAACGGUGGUGGUAACAGUAAUAAUGCCAACCUUAACGUUAGCAAAACGAUCGGUGCCAACUGGAACCAUUACGGGAUGAACACGUCGACGGGCGAAACACUGCUAGCGAACUACCAAGCGUACCUGCUCGAUGCACGCAAUCGCAUCGUACAAUGCAAGCAUGCCUGUGAUCAGUGGAACAACGUGUAUCGUUACCAAAAGCUAAGUAAAGCCAACUUUUCGCUUCCCCAACCGGCGGGUGUAGGGCCCGCCACGAAUGGCAACGGUGGUGGAAGUAGCCAGAGCGACAGCAUCGUUAAUCCUGAGGAUGUCCGUGCCCUGAAGGUGCAGAUGAUAAAAGAUUUUCUUCGAGAGUUUUCGAUCGAUUCCGGUAUAGGGGAGUGCGACAGUCAACAGCAUGCGCCUGUAACGGGGACCAGCUCGACGGCGUCCAGUGCAAUAAUGUUCGGUGGACCGAUGGCUCCGUCCGGUGGCAAACAGCUUGACAGCUUACAGUCGAUCGGUGAUAGCAGUGGGUACGAAAGUUUGAAUGUAUUUUCCCAAGCAACAAACGAACUGGCACCGGUAGCGGCACCACCGGAUCUUGCGCAGCUGAAACAACAGCAGCGGAUUGACGCGUGGAAGGUAUCGAGCGUACGGGAAGAAGCGUUGGGUGAUUUGGAUCUAUCGGAAGACCUUUUCGCUCAGGGGACAGUUAGCUUAGGUCCCUUUUUAACAGCGAUUUGGGGAAAAUUGCAAACAUUUACAAGUAACUGCUUGUACGUGAAUCUACAUCUCACGGGAUUGAUCAGUCACUUGACGUUUUUCCCAUUGCCGUUGCUACACUCGAUACUGCUACGUCCGGACAUACCAACCACAUCCGACACACCGUCCUUCCAUCAGGUGCUGAAGAUAUUGAAACAACAAAUCGACGCCGAGCUACCGGACACGGACGAAUCGCUCGAGAUUGUCGAUAUGGCACGAUCGUUUCUAGUUGAUCGCGAAUUUCGGCUGGUGAAUAUGCGCAAGAAUGCGAUCGAAUCGGCGGCAAGCGGUAAGCUGCUGAACGGUGGCGGAUCCUCGAUGACGUCCAGCCUGUCGCAAACGACACCGAUGCAGCUAACGCCGAGCUCCUCAUACGAUCCGUUCAAGCGGCAGGAUGGCAAACGCAAAAGCAUCAGCAACUCGUUCUCUAACAUCUUCCGGCGGCCCGGUUCUGUGGCUUCAUCGGGUUUAGCACAGAUAGUUGAAUUUUUUACCGGAUCGAGCAGUAAUGGAAUGAACCACUCACCGAACGGUCGACAACCGCAAUCGUUUACGUCCACGUCGAUGGUUGGGUCCGGUUCGAACCAGCAGCAGCACCAGCAGUUGGGAGGAUCAUCCACCGGGAACCAUCCGGUAACACCACCAAGCGGUCUGCUAAUCGGUAGCUCACGGCGUGAAUCACGCGAAGCCGAAACACAGUUCAUGUCGAUUGACACGACGACACCAUCGAACGGGCUGAUCGGAGCGAAUGCGGGUAACGAUCACGCCAGCAGCAGUCUCGAGCAUGGGCUGGCCAACUACAGUGUCGGUAGCGAGCGACAGCUAAACCUUGCCAUCGGGGCCGUCCUGCUGGAUGAGUGGUUACGUGAACUGUCCGCCGUAACGCAGGAACAGUGCAUUAUGAUGCUUUCGGAGCAGGUGCAGCAGCCAGCACGAUCAGCUAGCUAGACAAAACAAUCGAUGCCGAUCGAGCAUACCGAACGCGAGAUCGUGCUUAGUAACUGUUUAGCCCGCUAACGAAAAAGCUUGUGAUUUAAUUAAGUAAUAACAAAAGUGUGUGCGUGUAGAUGAUGUUUUGUUAUCGUAGCGAAUUCCGUCUUAUUCGUACGUCGUUGUUGACUUCGUUUGUAAAACAAUCGAGAAUAAGACUCCCUACAACACAAUGGAGCGGAGAGAAUAUUUUAAUUUGAGAGGAAACAGAUUAAUUUAACCUGGCGCGUAAAUGCGUUUUACAUCGAACCUAUUGUUUUAAAAACUCGUGUGCAAAUCUUUUUAGAAACAAAACAAAAAAAGGACACCCUCCAUAAAGGGCUCUUUGUAAAUGUGAGGCAAUCGAGCAAAAAAAAAAACGUAAAUCAGACAGUUUGUGUUAAAGACUCUCUUCCCGUAUUCCGAUUUUUAAAGUAGGUUGUUGUUGUUUUUCGACAAUUUGAAUCGAAAUCCUUGCUUACGCCAAUACAUCGAUUUACAAAACGAAUAGUUUACUACUAAUCUUACGAACAAGCAAAAAGGCCAAACCACAAUAACC